ACCCCCUCUUCCCGCUGUGAUACCGGCGCUAACAACAAGUUAAGCUAGGAGGCGCUCCCACAGUUGGUAGGAGUGCGCGCUACCGACGGUUUACCUUUGCAAGCGGUCUCAUUAAGGGUAUUUCUCACUGCAGGACAUCGGUAGACUUUUAGACCUGUUGAAAUGGGAGACCCUUCUUACAACAGAGACUGUCCCCUGGACUGCAAAGUUUAUGUGGGGAACCUUGGAAACAAUGGAAACAAGUCAGAGUUGGAACAGGCUUUUGGAUACUUUGGACCUUUACGGAGUGUUUGGGUUGCUAGGAACCCACCAGGCUUUGCAUUUGUUGAAUUUGAAGAUUCAAGAGAUGCCUCUGAUGCUGUGAGAGAACUGGAUGGAAGGACAAUGUGUGGCUGUCGAGUCCGUGUUGAAUUAUCCACUGGUGAAAAGCGCUCCAGAAGCCGUGGUCCUCCUCCAUCCUGGAGUAGACACUCAAGGGAUGACAUCAGGCGUCGUAGCCCUCCAGUUAGACGCAGAUCGCCAAGGAGGAGGAGCCUGAGCCGCAGUCGCAGCAGGUCCGUCUCACGAGACAAACGACGAUAUCGGUCUCUUUCCAGAGACAAGAACCGUAAGCGUUCCAGAUCUUUUUCCCGAUCAAGGAGUCGUUCUCGGUCUAACGACAGGAAGUGAGAAGUGAGGACGUCACAGAAUGGCUUAUGUGUUUGGGAACUCUCAAUUUUUAUAAUCAUGGGUUGUUUUUUUAGGUUUUAUUUGCCAGCUUAAGGUGGUAGGGAUGUUUAACAGUCGUUACAGUCAGUUAACAAUAAAGGUUUUUUUGUUUUCACCAUUUUGAUUCUUUCACCAUGACUGUUUUGUUUUUGGUAUUAUAGGUUUAGACUUUGUAAUAGCUCCUUUUAAUUUGACAUUGAUCUCCCGUUAUUCAAUUAUAAGUGUCUUUGUGGGUUUCAUUUAGCAAGUCAUGCAUUUUGGGAAAACUCUCAAGUUGUAAGUUGUGGGGCUGUUGUCUAAAGCUCCAUCUAACACAUUCAUCCUUUGCUACAAUGCCUAUAAAAGUGUUCACCUCCUUUU